GGUUUUACGUCUAUGACUAAUUCGUAUACUUGCUGUCGCUCACAUGUCUCGCGGUUGUGCGCUAACAUAUUUUCUUAUUUAUUGACAUAUUUAUUAAUUUAUUGAUAACAAUGAUCAUUUCGACGAACGAGAAUAAUCCAAAUGCGUUAAAAUUGAUUAUCGCGGCUAAGUUAAAUCAGAAGACUUUUACUCUUAAAAUCGUAAAGCCUGGCGAUGCUGUUUUGGGUCGUUUACCGACGCUAACUAUACCUUCAGAAUUAUCCUUAUUCAGUAUCUCUUCAGCAUUGCGUUUUCUAUUGCCUGUACCUAAAGAAUUGGAGGUCCUCAAUAAUAGAUGGUUGGAAUGGGAAGUUUCUCAAUUACAGCCAACUAUAUUAAAUCAUACAAAUGUGAGGACUUCCAAAAUUUUACAGAAAAAAUCAGACUUAUGGUCUUUAUUAAAAGAUCUCAAUAGUGAAUUACAAGACAAACAGUACUUAAUUGAAAAACAUAGUAAUUUAUCACCAGCAGAUAUUUCUAUUUGGGUAAGUCUUUGGAGUACCAUAUUACUUACAGAUAUCAAAGAUGAUAUUUCCAAGGAUUUGACAAAUGUUUCUAAUUGGCUAGUUAAUAUUGAGAAGCAACUAGUUAUUCAGGAGUCUAUUAAAGAGUUUCCUUUGGAGAGAGGGGCAAAGGCUAUUGCAAGUAUUGAAGCUGCCUCUUGGUUUCCUGUUAAUAUAGCCUCAAGUAGUUCACAACUUCGCGAGUCAGUAUCAAGUGAUAUUAGUCCAACUAAAGAAAAAGAGAUAGAAGCUGUUAGUCAAGAAGAACUUCGUAAAAUAGAAAGUAACUGGAAUGCCGGACAAUAUCCAGAAGUCCAAAAAUAUACGUAUCCCAUAUUGCCUAAAAAAGGUGAAAGGAAUGUAUUAGUAACAUCAGCUCUUCCAUAUGUUAAUAAUGUUCCACAUUUGGGAAACAUUAUCGGUUGCGUUCUUUCGGCCGAUAUUUUUGCAAGAUAUUGCAGGCAAAGAAAUUACAAUACCCUUUUUAUAAGUGGGACUGACGAAUAUGGAACUGCGACUGAAGCGAAAGCUAUGCAAGAGAAAACAACUCCUCAAGCUAUUUGCGAUAAAUUUUUUGGCAUACAUAACGAUGUUUAUCGUUGGUUUCAUAUUGGAUUCGAUUACUUUGGUCGAACUACUACACCCGAGCAAACAGAAAUUGUUCAAGCAUUUUUCCUAAAAAUAAAAUCACAAGGUUACAUAUUUACUGAAAUCGUGGAACAGCUACAUUGCGAAUCUUGCAAUCGGUUUCUCGCCGACAGAUUUGUAGAAGGCAUGUGUCCCAGAUGUAAAUAUGAGGAUGCGCGCGGUGAUCAGUGUGACGGUUGCAGUCAUCUCAUGAAUGCGGUCGAGUUAAUAAAUCCUCGAUGUAAGAUGUGUAAUACUAGACCUGUCGUUAAAAACUCGACACAAUUUUUCUUAGAUUUACCCAAAAUAGAAAAUAAAUUGAAGGAAUAUUCCGCUACUGUGGAGAAAGGAUGGUCCAGCGUUGCGAGAGUGGUUUCGAAAGCGUGGUUACGCGACGGUCUUAAGCCGCGUUGCAUAACUAGGGAUUUGAAAUGGGGUAUACCGGUUCCAGUAGAGGGUUUCGAAAAUAAAGUGUUUUACGUUUGGUUUGACGCCCCUUUCGGAUAUCUCAGUAUAACAAAGAGGUAUACCAAAGAAUAUAAGAAAUGGUGGCAACCUCCUCAGGAUACGAAAAUCGAUUUGUGCCAAUUUAUGGCAAAGGAUAAUGUUCCGUUCCACGCGAUAAUGUUUCCCGCUUGUUUGCUAGUGGCCAAUCAAAAUUAUACGUUGAUCAAAUAUUUAAUGGCAACUGAAUAUCUAAAUUAUGAGGAUAAGAAAUUCUCCAAAUCCAGAGGCAUUGGCGUAUUUGGAACUGACGCCAGAGAUACUGGCAUUCCAUCGGACGUAUGGCGAUUUUAUUUAGCCUACAUUAGACCAGAAACUCAAGAUUCCACUUUUAAUUGGGUGGAUUUAGCCACGAAAAACAAUAGUGAAUUAUUGAAUAACCUUGGCAAUUUUGUCAACAGAGCUCUGGUAUUUUCUGAAAAGUUCUUCAACUCUACUGUACCACCGAUAGAACGGCCGGAAGAAGCUGAUUGGACCAUAUUGGCGUUGGCACAACGCGAAUUGUCAUGUUAUAUAAACGCAAUGGAGCAAGCUAAGUUGAGAGAUGGUUUGAAAUACAUAUUGGCGAUUUCAAAACACGGCAAUCAAUACAUGCAAUUCCAACAACCGUGGGUAAAAGUUAAGGGAACCGAUGAUGACAAGAAGAGGGCUGGAACUGUCAUUGCAAUUUGCUGUAAUUUAGCCUGCCUUUUAUCUGCUCUUUUGGCUCCCUUUAUGCCCUUUACAGCUCAAGAAUUGAGAUCUCAACUAGGAUUGAGUACUAAAAAUUAUGGCUACAUUCCCGAAACAAUAACAAACAUGUUACCUACUUGGCAUAAAAUUGGCAAACCCAAUCCACUAUUCACUAAGAUUGAGGAUCAAAAAGUAGAAAUGUUACGCAAGAAAUAUGCUGGACAACAAGAGACUAAUAAUGAAAUGUCAGCAAACAAAGUUUCCGAUGAAUGUGUCGCAUUAGAAGUCGCUAUCACGAAACAAGGUAAUUUAGUAAGAGAACUGAAAGCGAAACACGAUAAGAGCGUCUGGCAACCUCAAGUAGAAAUCUUGUUAGACUUAAAGAAAAAGCUUAAUGAUCUCAAAAGUAACACAAAUGCACCUGAGAAAAAAUUACUAGUGAAAAAUAAGAAAGCCGAACCGAUACACGUGCCAGAACAAAACGGAGAUGCUCUAACAGAUGUAGCAGCAUUAGAAACGGCUAUCGCAAAACAGGGCAAUCUCGUGCGAGAAUUAAAGGCCAAGGAAGAUGGAAGUGUGUGGAAGCCACAAGUGGAGAUAUUGUUGAAAAUGAAACAGCGUUUAAUGGAUCUCACUGGAAUAGUGCCAGCCACUGUCGAUAAGAAAUCCAAAAAGAAAAAAUAAUUUUUAACUCAUUUCUUUUGUAAUAAAAACGAAGUAUUUCUUUUUUUAUCACGUUUUUUUCUCUAAAUUAUACAUUUAAAUUAUCGUAUUUAUAUCAUUUUUAUGCGUAAAUAAAAUAUUUACGCAUUAAUAGUAUUCAGAUAAAAGUAUAUGUAUGUGCAUCGCAUUUAAUAUGUUUAUUAUAGUCUACUCGCGCAUUGUGUGUUGGGAAUUGUAAGAAAGGGAUCGUGAAAAGAUAUUUGUAUUUAAUUUAAACAUAUAUUCAUUCGAACUAUGUCUACCUGUAUGUAAUGAUCUGAUAAAUAAUUUGAAACAUGAAA